AGACAGGCUUGUACGAUUCUGUGCAUUUUCGAGUCGUUUCGUGUGCAAGAAAGUACCGAGCUUGGCUGGCAGCUAGCGAGAAGAGAAACCCCUAUACCUCUAGCAGUGUUUAUCCUUCCCACGGCUUUGAUCAGUUUUACAAUUAUUUCCUCGUUUCCAGCUGUUUAUUACAUUACAUUAAGUUUAAUACAAACUGGAACUUACGCGGUCCAAUCGACGGACGGGCGCUUUGGCGAGGAGCAAGGUGCGUUUUCUAACAGAAAGGCAGGCUGAACAUUUGGGAGCUGGCGUAGAAAAGAGAGAGCCAGGACUACGCAGCGUGUCGGUUCAGCCGGGGAGAGCCGGGGGGGAACCACGGUACAGUCACCGCCAGCGCCACGGGGAGUCGGGGCCCGAGAGGGAGCCUGCCAGGCCCGCGGCUUGAUGCACCCUGCCUGCCUCGCCUUAGCCGCAGUCCGGGAUGGGGGAGACCAAAAUUAUAUACCACCUCGACGACCAGGAGACACCGUAUCUGGUGAAGCUGUCGGUGCCGGCGGACAAAGUCACUCUGGCAGACUUCAAAAAUGUCCUCAAGAAGCCAAAUUACAAAUUCUUCUUCAAAUCUAUGGACGAUGACUUCGGGGUGGUAAAGGAGGAAAUAUCUGACGACAACGCCAAGCUGCCCUGUUUCAAUGGACGUGUGGUGUCAUGGCUGGUCUCUGGAGAUGGUGCCCACACAGAUGCAGGCUCAGUGGCAGACAGUUUAGACGCGCCACCCCCUUUGGAGAGAACCGGGGGCAUUGGGGACUCAAGACCACCUUCCUAUCAGAGUGGGAAGGCAGCAAGUGUUCGAGAUAGUUUGGACAACGACACAGAGACUGGCUCCAUGGUGUCGCAAAGGAGAGAGCGGGAGAGGCCGCGACGGAAACACACCAACGAACACGGUGGAAGGCAGAACGGUUUGUCAUCGCGACCUGCGGGACGCGGGGGCCCCGACUACGACAGCUGCUCAUCCUUUAUGAGCAGCGAGCUGGAGUCCACUUCCUGCUUUGAUUCAGAGGACGAUGACGCAACUAGCAGAUUUAGCAGCUCCACUGAACAGAGCUCCUCUCGUCUAAUGAGACGACACCGCCGUCGCCGGCGGAAACCCAAGGCCUCAAAUAUGGACAGGUCUUCAUCAUUCAGCAGCAUCACAGACUCCACCAUGUCUCUGAACAUCAUCACUGUUACUCUCAACAUGGAGAAGUACAACUUUUUGGGCAUCAGUAUUGUGGGUCAGAGUAAUGAGAGGGGAGAUGGAGGGAUCUACAUUGGCUCUAUCAUGAAGGGUGGAGCUGUGGCUGCAGACGGACGCAUAGAGCCUGGGGACAUGCUGUUGCAGGUGAACGACAUCAACUUUGAGAACAUGAGCAAUGAUGAUGCAGUACGAGUGCUGAGGGACAUUGUGCACAAACCAGGCCCCAUUACUCUGACUGUGGCAAAGUGCUGGGACCCCAACCCUCGGAGCUGCUUCGCUCUACCCAGGAGCGAGCCAAUCCGACCCAUUGACCCAGCUGCGUGGGUGUCCCACACAGCGGCUAUGACUGGGGUUUAUCCUGCGUACGGCAUGAGCCCUUCCAUGAGCACUGUCACCUCCACCAGCUCCUCUAUCAGCAGCUCUAUCCCGGAGACUGAAAGAUUCGAUGACUUCCACCUCUCCAUCCACAGCGACAUGGCAACAGUCGCUAAGGCAAUGGCCUGCCCGGAGUCGGGUCUGGAGGUGCGAGACAGGAUGUGGCUCAAGAUAACCAUCGCAAACGCCUUUAUUGGUUCUGAUGUGGUGGACUGGCUCUUCCAUCAUGUUGAAGGGUUCUCAGAUCGCAGAGAAGCCCGUAAAUAUGCCAGCAACCUGCUAAAGGCUGGCUACAUCCGACACACUGUCAACAAGAUCACCUUUUCUGAACAAUGUUACUACAUCUUUGGAGAUCUCUGUGGCAACAUGACCCACCUGUCUAUUCAUGACCAUGAUGGUUCCAGUGGGGGCGCCUCAGAUCAGGACACUCUCCCCCCUCUGCCACAUCCUGGGGCAGCCCCCUGGCCCAUGGCCCUUCCUUACCAGUUCCCCAUUCCUCACCCAUAUGACCUGCCACAGCCAUUCCAUGGAGGACCAGGAGCUGGUAGUGCAGGAAGCCAGCACAGCGGAAGCAGCGGUUCCAACUGCAGUAAGAACGAGGGACGGAAGUCUGGUGGCAGCGGCAGUGAACCAGAGAUCAGGAGCCACCGAGCUCCAAGCGAGCGCUCAGUGGCUCCCCCUAGUGAGCGAAGCGUCCGUAGCUCUGUCAGCCACCGCAGUGCCAACUCCCACUCAAUAGCCUACGGUCCUGGCCUCAUCUACGGCCCCCCUGGCCUGCCCCCCCAGCCGCAACAUCUAUCUACAGCAGCACCUGGCGCCCCACCAGGCAGAGAGCUCGCCACUGUGCCACCUGAGCUCACAGCCUCCCGCCAGUCACUGCGCAUGGCGGUGGGCAAUGCAGGAGAAUUCUUUGUUGAUGUGAUGUAAGACAGCAUGUAGGCAGAUAACAAAGUAGCAGAAAGGGCUGUCUCAUGUCACUGCAACAACUGAGAAGGACAGCGUGGGAUGAUAGGAGGGAGGGAAGAUUGCAAAAGCUGUCACCCACGGCCUUGAUUCAUCUCCCCUGAAAGCAGAAAUAAAAACAACCAUUUUGUGCAUGUCGAAAGAAAAUGUUCCUCCUAUCUUAUGCUUUUCUUCCUAGUAGUACUGGCCACACUUUCUUCAAUGAAGAAACCCCCCUUGCUCAAGAUGGAACCAAAGCACCUCUCUCUGUUUCCUCUCCUCAGUGGGGAAGAGUUUGCAUGAGGACAAAAAAGCAUGAGAGGGAGGGAAGCGGUGGAAACAGACAGCUGGGGAAGAUGACUCAGCACUUUGCUACAUGGAUGUUUUUCAUUUGUUCUUCUUUUCACUCUUCCCUCCUCUGCCUUCCUUAUCUAACGUUCUCUGCCUUCCUCCACCCCUGCUCACCACAAAACCGAAUGAAAGAAACCUCUUCCCUCCUUCCAUUGUUUCAGUCCCCUGACCUUUUAACAAGAAAAAAAAAGUGAAAGAAAGCCGAAAUGAACACUAACUUUUAACUUUAUCCAGAAUGUUUAACUGUUUGCUUGACUUGAGAGAGAAAGAAAUUGAAGUUUGUAUGUAGUGUAAGAGAAUCACAGUUCUUCCUGUAAGAAAGCAUUUGUUUUAUUUUAUACGUAGUUGUUUACAACUAGUUUCAUUUAUCAACGCUAAACAUGAGCAUCCAGCUGGAAGCGUCAUUUUUACACUACAUAACUUAAUUUUCAUCUGUUUACCAGAGCAUUUUCAGACUCUGUGUUGCGAUAAUGUAUAGUUGAAAAAAAGUUUCUUACCAUGUCUUUCACACUUCUCUUUUAUCAAGGAAAAAAAUGUCUUUUUAUUUAUAAAUAUAGUUUUAUGACUUAAA